AUGCUCGUGGUUUCGCUUUUGUUUUUGGUCGCUUCUGCAUGGAGGGUUUCUGCGCAGCUUCCGCAUAUAUCAGCCCUUUUACCGGAUGUGUUCCUCAGCGUCGAACAACAUGCCAUCGAGGUGCCACCAGACAAGCCUAUCAUUCUGACAAUAUAUGGUGACUACCUCGACAAUGUGACCUCCGUGUCCUUCUCUACAGCCCACAAAAUGCAGUACAGUUCAUGCGAGAUGGACCGGGCCACGAUCGCUUCAACCGUCUACAACAGAACCGCCUUCUCGAUACGUACUGAGCUUACUCUUCGUCAAAUGGCACCUACUGAACCAGCGUAUUAUUUAUGCCUCAAAGUUUCUCCGCCAUUGCAAGUGGGAAAUGAGUCUGUGGAAUGGAUCCACGCUCUUCCAAAACCAGUUGCUGGUCAUUUGUUACUUAUUACCGCCACUCAAUUGAUGCCGAUAUGGCUGCAGGUAAUACUCAUCAUCGUCCUGUUCCUCCUUUCUGGCUUGUUCAGUGGCCUCAAUUUGGGCCUCAUGUCCUUAGACAAGACUGAGUUAAAAAUCAUCGAAACUGCCGGCGACCCCGACGAAAAACGCUAUGCUAAAGCAAUAAGGCCUGUGCGCGAGAAGGGAAAUUUGCUACUUUGCACC